CGCGGCGGCGCAGGUUGUUUAGCUGAGGCAGAUUCAAGCUGCACCAUGUCUGACUUGGACUUGGUUGCUUACAUAAACGAGGAGAACAAAAGAAGAAAGAGGAGGCGAAUAGUUUUGACCAAACUGUACUUUGAAUCGUUUCUUCUUGGGAUAGCAUAUCUUAGUACGCAGAGGGCACCAAGGGAUUUAGGAAGCUUUAGUGACGAUGAGGAAAAAAACAUUCAUCGGAAGUAUUUGCUAAAAGGAUUGUAUGAUGGGGCAGAAGUAACAUGCUAUGAUCAGCUACGUUUAACUAAAAGAAACUUCCAUGACUUGUUGUCUUUGUGUUUCAAUUUACAUGCAUCUAACAUUGUCUUUGUGUUUGGAUAUUGUGUGCAUGCAUUUUCUUGUAGGACCAUGGCUGAAGAAGGUGGAAAAAAAUUUGGUAGAAAUUACCUCACAUGGACAGAUGAAAUGGACAUUGCACUACUGGAGGUCCUUGUUGAGCAUCACAACAAUGGUGAUCAUGCUCAGAAUGGAUGGAAGUACCAUGUCUACAGUGCUGUUAUAGGUAAUGUGCGUGAGAAGUGCAAUGUGACCAUCACAAAGGAAAACAUAAGUUCAAGGUGCAAAACCUUUGAAAAGCACUAUGAGGCCAUUAGCAAGAUGCUUUCUCAAAGUGGAUUUGGGUGGGAUUGGAUCAAUAACAAGUUGUCAAUUGAUAGUGAAGAUGUGUGGAUUAAAUAUGUCGCGGUAAGAAAUUUAUGCGUUCCACAUUUGAUUGUAUUGCACAUAUGUAAGAUAUACCUUUCUAUGACAAUUCUCUCUUUGUGUGUGUGUGUGCAGGCUAACAAGAAAGCAGGAUUUUACAAGAACAAGGUCAUUAAGAAUUGGGAUGCUAUCACCACCAUAUACUCAGAAGAUCAUGCAAAUGGUGAAGGUGCUGUCACAAGUGCUGAAACUGUUGUAGAACCAACUAUGGAACCCAAUGAAGCCUCUCCUGAAGUGCCACACAAAAAACAGCGGACUGGUGAUGCCAUCCUGUGCCUACUUGGGGAUAUGAAAGGCUCAUUUAAUGAUGCUUUGAAGUCACUUGAGCCUUUACCUCUGCCCCAAGUUACACCUCCUGCUGAAAUCCUCGCGACACUUGAGAUGAUCCCUGAUUUGGCUCGUGGUGACAUAUUGCGAUCUUAUGGUAAGUUGAUCCUUAGCGAACGCUUGUACCAAGCGCUUCUUGAGCUUCCCAUGAACUUCAGGAAGGAAUGGUUGUUGAUGUUGGAAUAG